AUGGCAACUAAUGGAAAUUGUCUCAGCCUUAAUCAAGUUAAUGCAAGAUGCAUUAACAAUGAAUACCCGCGAGCCUGGGGAUUGGGCUGCAGGCGUUGCGAGCAUCUGGACAGUUCUGUGAUGCCAUGGUCUGUGUUGGAAGCACUAGAAUCUUGGCAAGUGCCUCGUCAGCUAGAGCUGAACAGCCGUGUUGUAAGUCAUAUAGAGAGGCUGGCAACUUUGUUUGGUGUCACACAGCUCCACAUGCAGUGUCAGGAAUACAUUCAGAAAAAUGCCCCACCAGAUAGCCAAAACCUUAAUCUCAGACCAGAGAACCAAAUUGAACCAGAUUCCAGUAUAAAUGGAGCACAGCCUGCUGGAAGAGAGGAACGCUUGAUUAGCACACCAGAUGACAACAGUCAGGGUUCAAACCUGAGUCGAAGUAACUCUGUAUGUUCUGGAAUCAGUAGUGACCUCGGCAACAGUUCUUUUGGAAUGGUUGUUAAAACUGAACCAUUACACCUUGCAUCGUAUGAAGCAGCUCAAAGUAGACAUUCCUCCCCAGGAGCAAAGUCAGGUACCAGCUUCAACAACAUGUCAUUGCCAGAAAACCUUCAGACAGGGAACCAGUCAGGACAGAAUGAAACUUCCAUGAGUAUGUUAGAAAAACUGAUGAGUCCAAUAGUCAACCUGAAAAAAUUACCAAAAAACAUUACACCGGCAACCGUUGUCAUGGUUAGUGAUGAUGAAAAUGAUGAUGUUUCAAAUGAAAAUAAAUCUUCGCAAAGAAAACCGGCACAGUAUAGUUUGGAAGAGAAAGAGGCAAUUGCUAUAGAAGCAAAGAGAUAUGGGACAACUCAUGUUGCAAACACAAGAAACAUUCCAUUACCUGAUAUUCUUAGCUGGAUGAUGCUGUUUGGUUUACGUAACCCUAGCAACCAAAGGCUUGGUAAACAUGGGAAACAAGUAAACCACGACGCUGAUCUAGCUCUUGUACGUUGGAUUGUCCAGCAACAAGAGAUGAAUGGAUGUGUUGAUUUAAAUAGUAUGAAACAAUAUGCUCUCACUGUACACCAACAAACAAAUCCUAAAUUUUGUGCUUCAAAAACAUGGCUUGGCAACUUUCUCCAAAGAAAUAUGUCAGUGCUACAAGGCACGAAAUUUGUCCAAGGUGAUAAAGGUGAUGAACUAGACAUUUAUGGGAGUUCUGAAAUGUCAGAUGUUGUUGUGAAGCAAGAAGUUCUUGAUAGUGAAAACAAAGAUGUUCAUUCAGGGGAAAAUGUGUUAGAGACUUUAGGACAACAUACGGUUUUGGAGGAUAUUCCAUUAAAUGAACAACAGCUUGUAAAUGAAGUUGUUGAAGCUGGACUCAGUGCAGUUGAUGACGAUGAUGAUGAUGACAAUUAUGAAGAUGAUAAUUUUGUUGAUGAUAACAAUGUUAAUGACUUAGGAAAUUCUCAUCAUGCUAGCCCAACAACAGAAACCAGUGGUCCAAAUCUUGAAAUGAUCCAAACCCCAUUCGGAAAGAGACCAAUUAUAAUAGGACAGUCAAAAGCAUUUGAUGCCAAGUCUGAAAGAAAGAUUGUACAGUGGGUAUUGGAACGACAAGCUAGAGAUGGUUAUGUUUUUACUGAUGAUUUUAAAAACUAUGCUAGAUCUCUUUAUAAAGGUUCCAAAGUGUUUGGUGCAACUCAGGCUUGGAUGAAAAAAUUCUUAAGGAGAAAUAGGGCUUUGAAAAAUGUGAAGUUUUGUUCCAAGUUUAAGAAUGUCUAUUCAACUGAAGACAAAGUGAACUGUGUAGCUAUGGCUAAGAGAUAUGGGGUUUCAUAUGCAGCGAAGCAUACAGGCAUUAACCAGAAGGUCAUUCAUUGUUGGAAACUGGCUCAUGAUAAGGGAAUGUUGAAUGUAGACCAGUCCGCUUUAAUGAAGAUUGAUGCUCUGUGUUCAAGUUUUCCUUCACAUACAUUGUCACAGAGCAGUGAAACUCCUACUACCUCAGGCAUUAAUUCAUCAGCUAACUUCAGUCCAAGUGUUGUGGACCAAGCAACUCGUGGCAUUGUUCCAGAGUUCGAGAAGAAAAUAGUGCAAGAAAUUAAGGAUUUGCAGUUACGCGAAGGAAGUGUGAAUUAUAAUGACAUUAGCAAGAUCAGUCAAUCAAUUUAUAAGGAGACUAGACCAAACUUUAAGGCAAGUUAUAACUGGGUUAAAUCCUUCUUAGACAGGCACAAACAAGCUUUAGUAGAUAUUGAGCUGGAAAAUGUAAGUAAAUUGUUAAUAGAGAAUGAUUCUCCAGCAGUUUUAAAUGAACACAAAGACAGUCAGUUAAAUAAUCCAAAAAUUACUGAAAUGGUAGACCAAGCACUGUUGGCUAUUGGUAAUGGGGAAAAUCUUGGGGAUGGCUCAGGAGAGCAGUCUGUGAAAGAGAAGAGGCCUGUCAUUGUAGGACCGUCGGUUAUGUUUGACAGGAAGACUGAACGGAAAUUAGUAGACUGGGCCCUGGAGAAACAAGAAACUGAUGGGUAUGUCUUUACUGAUGAUUUUAAACUGUUUGCCAAAUCUGUUCAUACUGGACCCAAAAAUUUCUCUGCUUCGUCUGGAUGGAUGACCCUGUUUCUACGGAGACAUCGUGUUCUGAAAAAGGUGCAGUGGAGGUCUAAAUACAAGAACAAUUAUACAGAGGAGGAAAAAAUAGCAGCUGUAGCACAAGCGAAGCGGUUAGGAACGGGACAUGUUGGAAGAAUAUUAGGGAUUGAACCCAAGUUAAUUUCUGCAUGGAGGUUCAAAAUGGAGAAGAAUGCCCCAAAACAAACAUUCUGGAAGGGUACAAAAAUAAAGAAAUUUGGUAUGAAAUCAGUACAGGCAAGAUAUGUACCUGUAAAACAUACUGCAUUGAGCCUUGGUGGAUCAGACGCAGCUAGGGGUAUAGUGCCGGAAUUUGAACAGAGGAUUGUGGAUUUAAUUCUAGAAGAGCACCAGAAAGAAGGUAGUAUUUCCUAUGAGGAAAUGAGUCGAAUUGCCCAAUCUGUUUAUAAAGAAACCAGACCCACCUUUAAAGCAUCCUAUGCAUGGAUAAGAAACUUCAUGAAACGCAAUGAACAAAGUCUGCAAGAUCUCAAUAUUGACAAUGUGAAGAAGGUUUUCCUGCCCGAGGAUGAAGGAAUAGAGAAUUCCAGUGCUGAUGGGAAUUCAGCACAUGAGGUAGAUGAUUUUAGGCUACAAAAAAUAUUCCAUAAAAGACCAAUUAUUGUUGGACAGUCCAGAUCUCUAGACACCAAAACAGAAAAGAAACUGGUACAUUGGACUGUUGAACAGCAAGAGAAAAAUGGAUACGUGUUUUUAGACCAGUUUAAAUCAUAUGCACAGUCACUUUAUAAGGGCCAGAAAAAAUUUGCUGCAACUCAGGCUUGGAGAAUAAAAUUCCUCAGACGAAAUCAUAAUGCUUUAAAAAAUGUGAAGUUUCAGUCAAGUUUCAGAAAUCAGUAUUCCUUAGAAGAGAAGAAGGUGAUUGUACAAGAAGCUAAAAAGUACGGUGCAGCACAUGUGGCUAAAACAACUGGAAUUGAGCAUUGUCUUAUUAAUGCAUGGAGACAAAAGCUGGAGAGAAUGGGCAUUAUUCCUGCAGAGGGUCCUAGUCCUGUUCAGAGCCCAAGUACAUCUAGUGAGAGGCCAAACUUUGUCUCAAAAUUAAAGCAGAUAAAAGACCAUGUUGGGCCAGGAUUGUACAGUUACAGAGGAAUCGUUCCUGCUUUUGAAAAGAAGAUUGUGACAAUGAUAAUGAACAAGAUGGAUGAAGAAGGAAGCGUCUCUUACCAAGAUGUAAGUAACUUCUCCAGAGCAGUAUACAAAGAAACACGACCACACUUCAAGGCCAGUUACAACUGGAUCAAGGAUUUCAUCAAGAGACAUAAGAAAGAGUUGAGACAUGCAGAGUUUGAGCAGAGUAAAAGAAUCUCUCAUGAUAUAGAGCCAGAUACAGAAAUAAUUAUUCCAGAAGAUCACAUUGGUAAUGUUGAAAAGUACCUGAAUGAUGAGGAAGCUGGUGGAAGUUCAACAACAGAUAAAAAAUCUGCAGCAGUUAAAGAAGACUCUCUUGCUUCAUGGGAAAGUCAGUCUGAAAUGGAUAUAGUCAUUGAUAACCCUGAAGAUCCAAAUUAUGAAUCACAGUUUCAGGGAGAUUCUGCAGGUAUAUCUAAAACCACAUCAGACAAAGUGGACAUUGGAAAAAUUGUAGCUAAAAGGCCAAUCAUAAUUGGAAAAGCAGUACAUUUCAAUCGUAAAACUGAAAAGAAGAUAGUCGAAUGGUUAAUGGAGACUCAGAACAGAGAAGGUUUUGUGUUUACUGAUGACUUCAGGAGAUAUGCAAGAUCAUUGUAUACUGGACCUCCAGAGAAGUUUGGUGCUACAAAUGCUUGGAUUGCUAAGUUUCUGAGACGAAAUAGGCUGGAGGGCAAGAUAGAAUUUCAGUCAAAGUUGAAGGGUAAUAAUGCAAAAUUUGAGGAAAAAAUAUGUGAACUUAUACAAGAACAACAACAGAAGGAAGAAAGUGUUUCACAUGAAGACAUUCAGAAGAUAACACAGUCAGUGUAUAAAGAAACAAGACCAAAUUUUAGAGCAUGCUAUGGCUGGAUAAAAGAUUUUUUGAAAAGGAAUAAAGACAAGCUCGUUGGAGUUGAUUUUGAAAAUGUAAAGAAAGUCUACAUUCCUGAUGAAGAUGAGAGAGAUGGUGUGCUGAUCCAAAAUUAUGAUCCAUCAAAGAGUUUACCGUAUUUGGACACUUCCUCUUCAAGCAUUACUGGCCAUACAGAUGAGAGAAGUAACUUGAGCUUUUCUGAUGGACAAAGUCAUGAUAGUUCUUGGUUUGACCUUGAAAGCUCAGUCGACCAUGACAGUUCAAGGUCACACAUCGACCAAUCACCAAAAAGUGUUCUAGAAAAACUAGCUAGUCAGAAACGACCGGUUAUAAUUGGACCACCUAGAGGAAUGGAUAGUAAAACAGAAAAAAAACUUGUUCAUUGGAUGCAGGAACAACAAGAAAAAGAUGGUUGUGUAUAUUUAGAUCUCUUUAAAGAAUAUGCCAAAUCAGUUCACUCAGGACCUAAAAAAUUUGCAGCUACACAAGCUUGGAUGACAAAAUUCAAACAGCGUAAUCAUGAAGCUCUGAAAAAUGUUGUUAUAAAAUCAAGGUUUAGAAAUGAGUACUCGAUGGAAGAGAAACUUCAAAUUGUAGAGCAGGCAAAGAGACUUGGUUGUAACCAUGUUGGCAGACAGCUGGGUAUUAAUGGCGGAGUUAUAUACAGCUGGAAGGUCCAGUUAGAACAAAUGGAUAAACUUGGAGGUGGUGCUGCAUUUAAUGAGUCUUUUGAUUCUGCAGAAUCCAGUUCAAGAGGUGUUGUUCCUGAAUUCGAAAACAGUAUUGUUAGAAUGGUUCUUGAAACACAAAGGGCUAAAGGAAGUGUAACAUAUGAAGAUGUGAGUGUAUGUGCAAGGUCAGUGUACAAAGAAACAAGGCCAAACUUUAAAGCCAGUAAUAAUUGGGUUAUGGAUUUUAUAAGAAAAUAUAAGGCAGACUUUAAAGAUGUGAAUUUUGAAAAUCAGAGAAAAAUCCAUACAGAAGAAGAAAAAUUGCAUAUUUUGUCUGAAGAAAAGAAGUAUGGCACAGAUCAUGUUGUAAAGAAGAGAAAUAUUUCAGCAAGUACAAUUUACCAAUGGAAGAGAAAUAUGCAAGCAAAAGCCAUUCCAAUACCAAAAUACAAGGCGAUAGUUAGCUCAAAAAUAAAAAAGAAGUAUGCAAGAGGUAAGAAUAUCAAGACAUACACACUAGAAGAGAAAAGAAAUAUGGUGGCUGUAGCUGAAGCAAAUGGUGUGACAUAUGCUGCCCUCAAACUCGGUAUAAGCAGAACCAUGUUAGGUAAAUGGAUUCGUUAUUUCAGAGAUCAAGGGGAAAACAUUGUUAUUAACUACACUCAUUCAUCUACAAUGAAAAAAGAACUUGUCCAGAAAGUUGUGGCAUGGGUGCUUGAAGAAAAUGAUAAACUGGGCAUUGUUCUUACGAAUAGAAUCAUAGAACAUGCAAGAAAGGUAUUUGAAGAGGCAUACACUGGUUAUAAUGCCACACAAAACUGGCUAGAAGGUUUCCUUGCACAGAACUCAGAGAAAUUUGAAAAAGUGAGGUUUAGAGACGUUGGUGACAGGGAUAUGGACUUCUCAGAUGAAAUCAAACUGAAGUUAUCAAGGUAUGCCGAAAAACAUGGUGCGGUUGAAACAGCAGAACUUGCUGGACUACAACCUAAGAUCAUAUAUCACUGGAGGAGGAAUAUGAAAAUGAAGGGACAUGAUUUGACUGUUGAUACACCAGCUAAAGUAGAGGUUAAGCAAGAGGAUGCUACUAGUAGUUCUUCAGCAGAACCAAAAAGUCUCAUGCAGCAAAAAUUAGAUAGGAUAGCUGCUAAAUACAGUACAGAUGAAAGGAAAGCUAUUGUUUCAGAAGCAAGUGUGAGUGGAGUGUCAGCUACCGCUUCUAAACACAAGUUACCUUUACCCUUGAUGUUGAAGUGGAUGAAAUUGUACUUAGAUGGUACUGAUAUAAUAAGUCAGUCAGCUUCCAGAUCGGCGAGUGUUUCUAGUGAGGAGAGAAGUCAAGACAGGUCUCAAGAAAAAUUGAAAGUGAGGCUACCAAGUAUAGAGAAGGCAGCAAAAUCUUCAGAUUUGUACAAAAAACAUUCCAAAGAGUAUAAGAAACAAGUUGUUGAAGAAGCCAAAAAGAUUGGUGUAAAGCAGAUGUGUGAGAAAACAGGACUUUCAAAUUCUACAGUGUACUACUGGAUGAAAGAAGAGAGAGAAAAUAGUGUAGACAGCUCUAGAGAUUCAAUGGAAAAGUCUGGUUCCAGUGCCAGGUCUAGUUUAGACAGGGAAUCAUCAAAUCCUGUCCCAAUAAAAGAUAUAAAAAGGGAGCCAGGUUUACCAGAUACAUUGAACGCAAGUGGUAGUGACAGUCCUUCGAAAAACAGAUAUGUACAACAGCCAUUAAAAUUACCUAGAAAGUACACAGAGGAGCAGAAGCUUGAAGCAGCCCAGAGAGCACUUGAAAUUGGACAUAAACCAGCUGCUAUUGAAUUAGAUAUUCCAUUAACUAAUGUAAAAAGAUGGUUUGAAAUGUAUAAAGACAGACUCAUAGGACAAACUUUAAAGUCUAAAUCUCCAGCUGCAAGCCAAAAAUCAACACCUGUUAUGUCUAAAGAGGCAAAUGUUGAAUCUCCAACAAGAAUAAGCGUUGAAGAUAGAAAAAGGAAAAUAUCAGAGACCGUAACUUCACCUGGUAGCACUACAAAAAGAUUCAAAUAUACUGAUGAAGAUCGAAUUGCAUUUGUAAAGGAGACAGAAGUGAUUGGAACAUCAGCAGUAGCUGCUAAAGCUGGGGUUUCUAUGGAUCUUGUAUAUAGAUGGAGAUCUAAGUUUUUGAAAGCAAUCAGAGCUGAAAGAGAAGCAGCAGAAGAAGCAAAUGAUACAACUGCCAACAAUGAAUCUGAAAGUUUACCAAGCUCUCCAAAGAUGCCAGCACCUAGAAAUUCAGUUUUUGAUAUUGCAGCAAGAGAAGGUAUGACUGUAGUUAAUCAAGGAAAGUCAAAAACUGAUGAAGCACAGUUUGCAUAUCUUGGUUUACCAGUAAAUAAGAAUGUAGGUGAAAAUUCACCAGAGGAUGAAGUAAGCAAUGCCCUUUCUGAAGUAACUUCCGAUGAUAAGAAUAAAAGUGAUGUUGAUUUUGUAAAUUUUGAAUCAGUGAGAAGUGGUCAUGACUUAAGUGAUAGUGCUUAUGAUGGACAUGCUACUGAUUUGAUUGAAAUAAGUGAUGAUACUGAUGAUAGUCCAAAUGUUCAUUCUUUUGAUGAUAUUGAUAUUAUUGCUGCAGAUCAGAUAUUGGAGAUGACUUCGAGUUACAUGGAGGCAGAAAAAGAGCAUGAAAGAGAUCCCUUUGGGUUUGAAAAAGACACAAGAAUAGAGAAAGGUGAACAUGGUCUAGGUAAAAAUUCUUUAAGUAUUUUGGAAGAUACAGACACAGUAGGCAAUGUUGAAAGUGAAUCAGAAACUACUUCAGUGGGAGUAAAAGUGAAAGAUUCUGUUACAAGUGAGGAAAAGGAGGGUGAUUCAGAGGAAGGAAGCAUGGGUAUGAUAAAAAUAGUUAACAUUAAAAGUGAAGCAUCUACGCAAUAAAUAAGGAAGUAUUGAAUGCAACUGAUGAGCAAAAUGAAGAAAAUCACCUGUACAUUUUGUAGCAUGAUUUUAUGAGAUGGUUGAUGAUAUUUAAAAAAGAUGUAUUAAUAUAAAAAGAUUUGAAAGAUUAUAGUUUUAAUGACAGAACAGCAGAUAAUACACUGAAUUAAGUUAUUGUUUAAGUAGCCAGAACAUUUGUGCGGUAUUUUCUCUUCAUAUUUACUUGGCAGUUCAUUUUGUCUAUUGUUUAAAACAAAUCCAUUGUGAUAACAGGCCAAAAAAA